CUGAUCUCAACAAGAUUCCCCAGGAUAGGAGCACUGCUGUACGCCAAGAUGGUCCCCUGGGAUGAUUUCGAUAGUAUCUUCUCCUUCAACCGGAAUUUUUCGUACGAUGUCAAGGUCGUUGAUCAGAUCCUCUCCAACCGGCGUGCGCUGGAAAACCGACUGUUCGCCGAUCGACUGCUGGGAUUGCUUCAAGUCAAAGCAGUAACGAAGCUAUACCCUCCCAAGUCCAACGACGACCUUCGUUCCCUUGUCGGCCACAUCGUGUCUUCCGAGCUGGAUAUCCACCACAAGCAAGCAUUGAUUUACUACAUCCUGAAAGACUGUCGCGCAGCUGGUGAGGCCGCUUCGCAGUUUGCGCGACGCUGCUUCCUGCCUGAGAAGUACCGACUGUUCAUCGAGGGACUCUGGAACCUGGACCGGCUAGAAUUCAAGAGAGCUGUCGAAUAUCUGACGGAGCCGUCGAUUAUCCCUACCUUCCCCGACGAGAUCCUCUACGUCCUCAGCCACCCACAUCUUCCCAAACAUGACGACAGCCUCGCCAUGGCUUACUACCUCACUGUCGCCCCGCCGCUAGCAUCCGAGAAGGUUCAGCAAACAUUUUUCGAUACUCUUUGUCGCGCAAGUAUAACGGAGGCCUUUUACUUUACGCGGAACCACGACGAUGCGCUCCGUCAAGCCUAUCUUACACAACUCAUCGAGUUUGUCCUUACGACGCAAGCCGGUGCGCAGCGAAGUCAGCAUGCGAUGGAGCUUAUCGGCCUCCCGUUUGACACUCAGGAAGAGGAGUGGUUUGAGGAAGCCCUGCUCCACGGAAAGGUUAAAGCGCUACAUGGGGCCAAAGACACGGUCAUUAUGCGCCGUCUGGCGACAGGGAAACUGCAGGGACAGGCCGGAGAAUUGGAAUCUUUGAGUGGGAAGAAGAUCGAUGGAUUGAACUGGGAUGUUCUCCGGCAGAGCAUGAAACACUCUCAGGUCACAUCGCUGUCCGGUAGUGACUGAAGCUUUUUACUCUGCGGGAUGCUCGAAUGUUACGGUUUCAACUAUUAUGAAAAACGGCUUAGGAGAACAGGAGUUAUUUUUUGUCGAUUAGAAUCAUAUUCGCAUGCAUUUACAUUAAU